AUGAGUAAGCGUACAGACCGCGGCAAGCCAUGGAAGAAGAGAGACAAGACCGAACAGGAGAUGCUACUGGAGAGCAAACAGCAAAGGGGGGUGAGUGGUCUGAAAUAUUUCGGUUGGAGUGAUGCCAUUCGUAUAGAUAAAGGUAAUAAGGCAGACAAUUAG